AUGCAAGAACCAAUGUCAAAGGGAGCAUUUAAGGCCCUAUACCUGUACACCUACAGUGGGGAGAAAGGGACCAAUGUACGGGAAGCAGAGGAGGAAACGGCAUUCAACUUUGAGAUGAUCCUCAAUAAAAUCGAAGACAAGGUCACUGACCUCACAUACGAGGACAUCCUGAUUUUCAUGACUGGUGCAGAUGAGGUGCCCGUCCUGGGCUUUCCUACAAAACCAACCAUAGGGUUCUACUCACAGGAGCCUGGACAGCGACGCCUGCCAUACGCUUCAACCUGCCAAAUGUGUCUUUAUCUCCCCAGAGACACAUCUGAGGAGGACUUGCAUGACCUGCUUUGUGAGUCAAUAAAGGGUUCACAUGGUUUUGGUGAAGUCUGAAAUAUUCAUCUACAGCAGUUAAAACAGUAGGCCUGGAGCUUAAAACUGCAACUGUGGUGUCCUUUUUGUUUUAUGAACUAGCAUAAAGAUAAUGCUAGUGCUAGGCAAACAUUUUUUGAUGGUUAUAUUUUGCUUGUUGAAUAGUUGAUUUUCCUUGGCUUUUAGAUGUAGAGAGUUUACGGUUGUGUUUUUUUCUGUAGUAUCACAACCAUGAAGCCAGUAGUGGUGGUUGAUUUUUUUCUUUCUUAAUUACAAGUUGCAAUGAGUUUUUCCUGCGAUCCAUGCAAUAUUGUUUUUUUGCAAUACAGUAAAACAUUGUUAAUGGUGUGUUCUUUAAAUGUCCUGGAGUUUGUGACUGGCUUUUUGUGUUUAUAUAUGUGCAUAGUGAUGUAUUAAAUUUGCUAUGGUUGAAAUUAUUUUUUUCUCCAGCAUCCAUACUAUGAGACUAUUGGUAAUGGAUUUAAGUUGCAAUGAAAGAAACAUUGUUCCUGAAAAUAAACACUUAUGGUAAUA